CGUUGCCCUCUCACUUCUGGGUUCAGAGGCUCGCCGGAGGUAUGGGUCAAAAGCGACAAUCCUCGGGGGACCUCCCCCAUCCGAAACGGAUGCAUAAUCAGGCACCGCUGGACGAUGCCGACCUAAUCUACGAAGAAAGGCACUCGGACGCCGAGUACGCCUCCUCGGAUGACUUGAGUAUCGCCAGUGGCAGCCUCCACGAGACACCGGCCACUCCCAUGUCGACGAUCUCCGCCAGAUAUCCGUCGGAGCUGAAAACUCACCGCUGCCCUUUCGACGGCUGCACAAAGGCCUUCAACCGUCCAGCACGGCUCCAGGAACACUUGCGCUCACACAACAACGAGAGACUCUUUCAGUGCCCCCAGGAGGAUUGCGACAAGACCUUUCUCCGAGCAUCGCAUCUGAACCACCACAUCAAAAGCGCCCAUACCGGAGUCCGGGACUAUGUAUGCGAUCGUCCAGGGUGUGGAAAGAGUUUCGUCACUGGCUCACGUCUGCGUCGGCACCUGGCUGCUCACGAUGGAAGAGACAAAUACCGCUGCACAGAGUACCCGCCCUGUGACGAGACAUUCCGAAAGCAUUCGACCCUCCAAAAACACAUCAUGAGCGCGCAUCUGAACCAAAAGCCCUUUGCCUGUCCGCACGUUGACCCAACCACUGGUCAGAAAUGUCCCAUGGCAUUCGACAGCGCAGGUCACCUCCGAGCCCAUGAAAGUCGAGUCCACGCCGAGAAGCGAUUCACUUGCACCGAGUGCAUCCAGACCAACCAUCCGGACGCCAACCCUUCAUUCGGCCCCCCUCCCACCGCGACAACAUUUCCCACAUACGCUCUCCUCCAAGCCCACAUCCGGUCCGUCCACCCUCCGCAAUGUCCCAACUGCGCUAUGACUUGCUCCACGGCCCGAGAACUCCGCCGCCAUCUCGAAGUUGCCCACGGCAACGUGAGCCUCGAAGAGCGCAAAGUCUUCGACUGCACCGUGCCAGGCUGCGACAGCAGCUUCACCAAGAAGGGCAACCUAACCGUGCACAUCCGGACCGUUCAUCAAGGCGAGAAGCGGUUCGUCUGCGGCGAGACCGACCUCUCCAACUCCAAACGGGUCAUGGGCUGGACCGGCGCCGACGGCUGCGGGAAACGGUACGGAAGCAAGCUCGCUCUCGAGGAGCACAUCCGCACCGCCCAUCUCGGGUUCCAGAACGCCAAAGCCGAGCGUCGACAGCGUCUCGGUCUGGGCAAGACGUCCAACCACCCCAGCGGGCCUUCCGCGCUCGCCGCCCUCACAGGCGAGGGCUACGCCGAAGAAACAGGCCGACAGAUCGCCUGCUUUGUCGAGGGCUGUCCGCACCGUUUCCACCGGAACUACGACCUGUGGGUCCACAUGGGCAGCAAGCACGGGUGCACGGAGGACGAGAUCCGGGAUAUGUUCAUGCAGCGAGCGCUUCUGGCGGACGACAACGAGCCCGUCACCGGCGAUAUGUUUGGUAUCUAUGGUCUCGAGUUCGAUGACGACGAUUCCGCCCCUUAUGAACCGUAUAUACUAGGAAACAUGGACGCAAAGCCUACCACCAUCAUCCCCCCCCAUGACCCCGGGAUGUCUGCGUUUGCCGACGCCUCAGCUAAUCCCAGAGAGUUCUCCGAUCCGUACGCCGAUGUUAUGAUGCAAGAUGUCGAUUCUAAGAUACCCAGUGCUGACGAUUUGGCGAUGAUUGAUCCUUUGUUGGCUUAUAACAUGGAGGAUUCAUAGCUUGGAUGUUGUACAUGCUCCCCUCCCCCCCUUGUCAUUUCGGGUUUUUUUAUAUGAUGAAUGAACUGAUACGGACUCAAUGAUAUAUUCUCUAUUUACUAUUUUUUUUCUCUUCUCUCUAUCUCUUUCUUCAUCUUGUCUUGUGGCGGUUUGGUCUUGAACAAAGAAUGACUAAGUAGUUAUGUGACUUUCGG